UGAACCACCCCUGAGAGGCCAUGCAUGGAUCUCUUCAGCGCCAUUUUCGCUUUCUAUUGUUCAAAGAAAUGGAUUAAACAAAAUUAUGUAGAAUUACAGAGAGCAACAAAAAUGCGAUACAUGAUUGGUGAAUUUUGCUAGCUAUCCAUAAACACAGAACAAAAAAUUUCACUUUUCCGCUCAAAGAAUUAUUUCGGGUCAAUUUCAUGCCCCUCCUUGACCCGCACCCAAUUCUUGUAUGAUUUUUUGUAUUGGAGCAUUUUUUGCUCGAUCUCGUUGCAUACAAAAACCCCAAGUGAAAAAAGAAUUUAUAUUUUUUUUGAUUUUUUUGGGGGCGGGGCCUAGGUUUUGAAUGACAUUGUAGAUUGUAAUUAUUUAUUUUACAAUUUGGGGAGGUGGGUUUGAUUUGUCGAGUUUUUGAUUCGAUUAUUGACGAAGAAGAGUUAUUGAUUUAUUUUUUUUGGAUUUAUGAGUGUUUGAUUUCACUGUAAUUAAGUUUUUUGCAUGAAAAUUGGAGAUGGGUCACAAAGAUUUGUUGUGAUUAAGACAUUUGGAAGUGGAAAUAUUGUUUUUUUUGAAGACCCAUAUAGAGUUGGGAGGUUAAAUGCAGAUUUUUUUUUGAUCUUUUUGUGUGCCCUUUAGGAGAAUUGAGGGUUUGUGGGGUUUAUCUAGAAUCAUUAAUGAAAGACAAUUUCUACUUCUUUGAUGCUGAUUCAAGGGCAAAUGGGUGUGAGAGGAGUAGUUCAUUUCUUUGUGUUCUUUUUUAUGCUUUUGGUAGCAGCACUUGGAAGCAAGGACUCAGAAGAGCAUUUACUUGACAAUCUCAUCAACUCUCCUGAUAUUAACAGGGACAUGGUUGAGCUAUUGUGGUUGAACUGUAGGAUAGAGUUAACAAGUGCUAAUGACGCUGUUGAUCUUGAGUAUUAUGUCGCGGAGGAAGAUUCAAGUGUGAGAGGUGAAGUCCUCCUUAGAAGUAGCUCAGAAAACCAUAACCAUAUCGGUGACUUGCAUCCGCUUGUUAAGCAAGCCCUUUUAGGUUGUUUGAGGGAAAAAAAUCUCUUGUUUCUUAUAUGUGGAGAGAAGGGCUCACCAAAUUGGUAUGCCGGGUGUGUGGAGUUUCUCUCCUCCUGGCACGGAGCUCCUAAACGACGCAAAUUGAAAGCUGCACCUAAGCCUCCUCCUGCCCCUCCUAAUUCAAAGCCAGCUAAAUCACGAGAUCACAAAAACUCAAAAAAGAAAUCUGCAGCUAAAGACAGUAAGAAAAAAAACACGGUUGGAGUUCCUAUUAUAGCGGCUGCUGCCGCCACAUCCAUUCUCAUAACACUUCUGUGCAUAUGCUGUUGUUGUAAGUGCUGUAGGAGAUCCAAAAAGGGGUUGAAUGAUGAGAGGCCUCUUCUUAGCUUAAGCUCGAGUGACUAUUCAUCACACAAAUCAUAUGCUUUAGGAUCUUCAUUCAAUAAUACUGGAAAUCAUUCAUUCAAUAACAAUCCCAAUGAUGAUUCUAAAAUUGAGAUUCGAAGGACGGGACCAGCUGGAAUGCUUCCGCUGAAACCACCCCCUGGUAGGGCGGUUCCUAUUGAAGCUCCUGCCCCACCUGCACCUCCGCCUCCUGCAAAGACAACAACUCCUGCACCUGCUGCACCACCUCCACCACCAGUAAAGCCUUCAUCUGUUGGCCCAAGUCCGUCUACACCUGGACCUCCUCCUCCACCACCUAUGAUGCCUGGUCCUCGAGCACCACCUCGGCCACCUUCCACGGGCUUGAAGCCACCUCGACGUUCGCUUCUUGGACCAAAUGCAUCCACAAGUGCUUCAACUGAGGAAGAAGAUACUGAUGCCAAAGCUAAGCUUAAGCCUUUCUUCUGGGAUAAGGUUCAAGCCAACACUGACCAAUCAAUGGUUUGGCAUCAUGUCAAGGCAGGAUCUUUCCAGUUUGAUGAAGAGCAGAUAGAGACUCUAUUUGGAUUUACCUCUGGUGAAAAAAAGAAGAAUGGGUCAAAGAAAGACUCCCAAGAUGCUUCCAAUCUAUAUAUUCAAAUUAUUGACCAGAAGAAGGCACAAAAUUUAUCUAUUCUUCUUAAAGCCUUAAACGUGACAACUGAAGAAGUUUGUGAUGCACUGAAAGAAGGAAAUGAGCUUCCUGCUGAACUCAUUCAAACUUUGCUAAAGAUGGCACCAACUGCUGAGGAAGAACUGAAGCUGAGGAUCUACAAUGGGGAACUUUCUCGGCUUGGGCAGGCAGAGAGGUUCCUGAAAGCUUUGGUUGAGGUUCCAUUUGCAUUCAAAAGGCUAGAGACAUUGCUUUUCAUGUGCACUCUUCAGGAUGAGGCAUCACUGAUUAAAGAAUCAUUUGCCACCUUGGAGGCUGCUAGCAUAGAACUCCGGAAUAGUAGGCUGUUUCUCAAGCUCCUUGAGGCUGUUUUGAAAACUGGCAAUCGAAUGAAUGAUGGAACGUUUCGUGGUGGUGCACAAGCAUUUAAGCUUGACACGCUUCUGAAAUUAUCAGAUGUAAAAGGAAUAGACGGGAAAACUACAUUGUUGCAUUUUGUUGUUCAGGAGAUAAUCCGCUCAGAAGGUAUACGAGCUGCCCGUGCUUCCAGGGAUCAACGGAGCUUGUCUAGCAUCAAGUCCGAUGAUCUGCUAGAGGAUUUGCCUCAGGAUCAGGAAGAUCAGUAUCGAAAUACUGGUUUACAAGUUGUCUCCGGUUUGAGUAGUGAUCUUGGAAAUGUUAAAAAAGCUGCAAUUCUGGAUGCAGAUAACUUAACGGGCAUAGUGUCCAAACUUGGCCAUGCACUUAUAAAAGCACGCGAUUUCCUAAAUUCAGAGAUGAAGAUCAUAGAUGAUGAAGAUGGGUUUCACCAGACCAUGAAGAACUUUGUGCAGAAUGCUGAGGGUGAUGUCAUGUCAUUACUUGAGGAAGAAAAGCGAAUAAUGGCUCUUGUUAAGAGCACAGGUGAUUAUUUCCAUGGAAAUGCUAGGAGGGAUGAAGGUUUGCGAUUGUUUGUGAUUGUUAGGGAUUUUCUAGUUAUUUUGGAUAAGGUAUGCAGAGAGGUAAAAAAUGCUCCAAGAAAAAUAAAUAGCACACCAAGGAGGGAAAAUGUAACUCUAACAAUUUCAGAAUCCACCCUUUCACAGCGACCUGAUCAAUCCGUUCCUUCACCACAACCUGAUAAAUCCGUCCCUUCAGCACUACCUGAUCAGCGUCAGAAGCUUUUCCCGGCUAUUGCAGACAGGCGAAUUGAUGAUUUUAGUUCAGACGAUGACAGUCCUUAAAUAUAUUUUUCUCAGCAGGUACAAGGGAUCUGAGUACAACAACAACUAUGCCUCAAUCCCUAGCAAGUUGGGGUCGGCCAUUUGGAUCUUUUCUGUCCAUGUCGCUCCAUUUAUUCUCGUCUGAGUCUGAUAACUGCUUAGGGGUCUCCGUGAACGAAGAAAAUGGGAUAAAAUAUUCUUUCAUUUUAGAACCCAGGCAUGGUAGAACUCGGAAGAGAUUGACUCGUUGCUUGGUAGGCUAACUUGAGUGGAGCAGAGACCUGACAAAAGCUACGGUUUCAGAGAUGAUCUGCUACAUGGCUCUGCAUCAAUGUGUCCCUUCUUGCAGGUCCACUUGUACUUAAAAAGUAGUAGCUAGGAUCAUUCUUUUUGUUCUUUGUAAUUAUUUUUUGUCAAUUUUGCUGAUAAUUCUUUGUUCCAAUGAGAGUAGCCCUGUGUCAUUUAUUUAUUCGUAGUGUUUACAAGAAAGAAAAUGUAGAUAGUUUGUUCCGCCACAGAUAAUUAUUUGAAUUUGUCUUUUAAAAAGUUCCCCAAUUUUUCUUGUCA